AUGGCAAAAAUAGUACUGGAUCAGCUCCUUCCUGAGUUGAAUGUCCUGCUCAAACUCUUGGACCACGAAUACCUGAGUGCCACUACAGUGGAGAAGAAAAACACCGUUUCAAAUAUCUUACAAAAGCUGCAGCCUCCAGCAGGGAAGGAUGCGAAUUACAUGUAUAUGAAUACGACAGCACUGCACAAUGGUACUAGUUUUGUGGAAUCACUGUUUGAAAAGUUUGACUGUGACUUGGGCAACCUUCAGGACAUGCAGGAAGAUGAUGGAGAUAGUAAAGAAGGUAUCAACUUGGAGCUCUCAAGGAGUCAAUCAGCUAAAAGCGUUUCUGGGGAGCCACCUCCACCAUUGCCCACGACUCCUCCUCCAGAAGAUUAUUAUGAAGAAGCUCUGCCAUUGGGCCCAGGCAAAGCUCCUGAGUACAUUACAUCUCAUAACAGCUCCAGUCCUCCCAAUUCAAUAGAGGAUGGAUACUAUGAGGAUGCAGAUAGCAACUACCCUGUCACCAGAAUAAAUGGAGAGCAGAAAAACUCUUACAAUGACUCUGAUGCAAUGAGCAGCUCCUAUGAAUCUUACGAUGAGGAGGAAGAGGAUGGGAAAGGCCAGAGGUUAACGCACCAAUGGCCAUCAGAGGAAGCUUCUAUGAACCUGGUGAAGGACUGCCGGAUUUGUGCUUUCCUGUUGCGUAAGAAGCGCUUUGGACAGUGGGCCAAGCAACUGACAGUCGUUAAGGACAAUAAGCUUCUGUGUUACAAAAGCUCCAAGCACAGACAGCCACACCUUGAAGUGCCUUUGAGCAUCAGCAACGUUGUCUAUGUGCCAAAGGACGGACGCCGGAAGAAGCAUGAGCUGCGCUUCUCACUGCCAGGAGCUGAGGUCCUAGUGUUAGCAGUGCAAAGUAAAGAGCAAGCUGAAGAAUGGCUGAAGGUGAUAAAGGAAGUAAGCAAUCCCACUGGAGGAGGACUAAAUGGAAGUGAAGUUACUCUAUCUCCUACACUUACCUACAAGAUGGACCAUGAUAAGAAGUCAUCUCAGGAUAAACAUACUUCUGACUCGGACAGCAUUGCAACAGCAGAAAAUGGUUCUUCUUUACCCCAAAGGGAGAGCCAUGAACAAGGGAAAAGCAAAAAAAGUGGCUUGGCUGAGCUAAAGGGCUCUGUGAGUAGAGCUGCUGGGAGGAAAAUAACCAGGAUAAUCAGUUUCUCAAAGAAAAAGGCUUCCCCUGAAGAUACCCAAACAUCCUCUACAGAAGAAGACAUCCCAUGCUGUGGCUACUUGCAUGUUCUUGUUAACCAGUGUUGGAAGGAACGUUGGUGUCGUUUAAAAGGCAACAUGCUUUAUUUCCACAAGGACCGCACAGAUUUAAGGACCCAUGUGAAUGCCAUUGUCCUGCGGGGAUGUGAGGUGGCACCAGGACUGGGCCCCAAGCAUCCCUUUGCUUUUCGUAUCCUUCGCAAUGGACAGGAAGUCUCUGCCUUAGAGGCAAACAGCUAUGAAGAUCUGGGACGUUGGCUUGGAUUGCUGCUGGUUGAAACUGGUUCCAAGACCACUCCAGAGGCCUUGCAUUAUGAUUAUGUAGAUGUUGAGAAAAUAGCCAACAUAAUCAAUGCUGUGAGACACUCUUAUAUGUGGGCCAGCACCUCUCUUGAUAACCAAACAGAGCCAACUCGUGUAUUAUAUGAUGAAGUCCCCUACGAGAAAGUGGAGUCAGAAAAACCAGGGUGGCCAUCAGGAUCCCAGGUGAAGCGGCAUGGGUCUUCCUGCAGUGAAAAAUCACGUCGUAUAGAUCCACAAGUUAAAGUCAAGCGUCAUGCAUCAAAUGCCAAUAAUUACAAGUAUGGAAAGAACCGGGCUGAGGAAGAUGCUCGGAGGUUCCUAACAGAGAAAGACAAGCUGGAAAAGGAGAAGGCGUCCAUUAGAAAUGAGCUUAUUGAGCUGCGUAAGGAAAAGCGGGAACUACGGGAGGCCAUGAAGAGCAAAUCAGGGAAAGAACUGAAGGAGGUGGAGCAGCGUGUUGCAGCCUUAGAGGAGCAGUGCAAAACCAAUGAGGCACGACGGGUGGACCUGGAGCUCAAACUGACCGCAGUGAAAGACCAGUUGAAGCAGUCACUAGCAGGAGGGCCAGCCCUGGGGCUAACUGUAAACACCAAGACUGAAAACAAGGACACUGUUACUCAGCCAAAUGGAACCCCCCCAGAGAAUUUGGUCCCAGUUAACUGUGCAGCAGAAAUGAGGAAGCGAAGCCCCUCUCUCCUUCCUGCCAACAAAGGGACUGUGUUGCAGAAAGCAAAGGAAUGGGAAAUGAAGAAAACAUAAAGGAUCUCUGGACCUUCAUCCCUGAGAUGAACUCCUCUCAAGUACAGGGACACUCUUGAGAAAGACUAAAGCACCACAAGAGUCUUUCACCCUGCAAAGAAAUUGCAGAAUACUGAGGAACUUGGUUUCUCCACAGUGAGAGCAGCCAACUUCCACUAAAUGAAGGAUUAAACAAACAGAAGAGCUUUUGAAAACUGGCGUGGGUAACGGAGGGAGGGGGACUUUGGGAAACAGGGUGGGGGAAGAGAAAUCUUUUCAA